AUGGAAGUGGAGCUGAAGGAACUCCUGGACCUUACAUUUAAGGAACUACUGAAUCUAGUAUUUAAGGAACUACUGGAACUUACAUUUAAGGAACUACUGAAUCUAACAUUCAAGGAACUACUGGACCUUACAUUUAAGGAACUACUGAAUCUAAUAUUUAAGGAACUACUGGAACUUACAUUUAAGGAACUACUGAAUCUAACAUUCAAGGAACUACUGGACCUUACAUUUAAGGAACUACUGAAUCUAAUAUUUAAGGAACUACUGGAACUUACAUUUAAGGAACUACUGAAUCUAACAUUUAAGGAACUACUGGACCUUACAUUUAAGGAACUACUGAAUCUAAUAUUUAAGGAACUACUGGAACUUACAUUUAAGGAACUACUGAAUCUAACAUUCAAGGAACUACUGGACCUUACAUUUAAGGAACUACUGAAUCUAAUAUUUAAGGAACUACUGGAACUUACAUUUAAGGAACUACUGAAUCUAACAUUCAAGGAACUACUGGACCUUACAUUUAAGGAACUACUGAAUCUAACAUUUAAGGAACUACUGGACCUUACAUUUAAGGAACUACUGAAUCUAACAUUUAAGGAACUACUGGAACUUACAUUUAAGGAACUACUGAAUCUAAUAUUUAAGGAACUACUGGAACUUACAUUUAAGGAACUACUGAAUCUAACAUUCAAGGAACUACUGGACCUUACAUUUAAGGAACUACUGAAUCUAACAUUUAAGGAACUACUGGACCUUACAUUUAAGGAACUACUGAAUCUAACAUUUAAGGAACUACUGGAACUUACAUUUAAGGAACUACUGAAUCUAACAUUUAAGGAACUACUGGACCUUACAUUUAAGGAACUACUGAAUCUAACAUUUAAGGAACUACUGGAACUUACAUUUAAGGAACUACUGAAUCUAACAUUUAAGGAACUACUGGACCUUACAUUUAAGGAACUACUGAAUCUAACAUUUAAGGAACUACUGGACCUUACAUUUAAGGAACUACUGAAUCUAACAUUUAAGGAACUACUGGAACUUACAUUUAAGGAACUACUGAAUCUAACAUUUAAGGAACUACUGGAACUUACAUUUAAGGAACUACUGAAUCUAACAUUUAAGGAACUACUGGACCUUACAUUUAAGGAACUACUGAAUCUAACAUUUAAGGAACUACUGGAACUUACAUUUAAGGAAGUACUGAAUCUAAAAUUUAAGGAACUACUGGAACUUACAUUUAAGGAACUACUGAAUCUAACAUUUAAGGAACUACUGGACCUUACAUUUAAGGAACUACUGAAUCUAACAUUUAAGGAACUACUGGACCUUACAUUUAAGGAACUACUGAAUCUAACAUUUAAGGAACUACUGGAACUUACAUUUAAGGAACUACUGAAUCUAACAUUUAAGGAACUACUGGACCUUACAUUUAAGGAACUACUGAAUCUAACAUUUAAGGAACUACUGGACCUUACAUUUAAGGAACUACUGAAUCUAACAUUUAAGGAACUACUGGAACUUACAUUUAAGGAACUACUGAAUCUAACAUUUAAGGAACUACUGGAACUUACAUUUAAGGAACUACUGAAUCUAACAUUUAAGGAACUACUGGACCUUACAUUUAAGGAACUACUGAAUCUAACAUUUAAGGAACUACUGGAACUUACAUUUAAGGAACUACUGAAUCUAAAAUUUAAGGAACUACUGGAACUUACAUUUAAGGAACUACUGAAUCUAAUAUUUAAGGAACUACUGGACCUUACAUUUAAGGAACUACUGAAUCUAACAUUUAAGGAACUACUGGAACUUACAUUUAAGGAACUACUGAAUCUAAAAUUUAAGGAACUACUGGAACUUACAUUUAAGGAACUACUGAAUCUAAUAUUUAAGGAACUACUGGACCUUACAUUUAAGGAACUACUGAAUCUAACAUUUAAGGAACUACUGGACCUUACAUUUAAGGAACUACUGAAUCUAACAUUUAAGGAACUACUGAACCUUACAUUUAAGGAACUACUGAAUCUAACAUUUAAGGAACUCCUGGACCUUACAUUUAAGGAACUACUGAAUUUAAUAUUUAAGGAACUACUGAAUCUACAUUCAAUGAACUACUGA